AUGAUGGUGUUACUUGCAAUCUCAAAAUUGUACGCUAAUGAAGUCGGACAUACGGAAAAAAUCAAAAUGAAUCGGGCAGGACUGAUCGCUCAAGCUAAUCAAAUGCUCAAUAAUAAUAUUUUGAAUCCUCAACAAAUAAGAUGGAUGGACAAACCAGCAGGUGACCCAAGUGGUUUAGCUUAUUUAAAACCUUUAGAUUCGCUAGUAGUCAAACAAACAUUAUCCUUGACAGAAUUGAUGGUAGGAAUACCCGGAAGUGCUAAAUACGGAAUAUUCAAUAAUAAAAAUGAACAAGUAUACUAUGCAUUCGAAGAAUCGGAUUUAUGUCAACGAGCAUAUUGUCCACAAACUCGUCGAUUUGAUCUUCAUAUCGUUGAUAGUGCAAAUCAGGAACUGAUUCGUCUUCGGCGAGAGUUUAAAUGUUGUUCUGGAUGUUGUUGGUUUGCAUGUUGUGGCGGCUGUAGUCAAGAGAUUAUGGUUGAGUCACCACCGGGUACUGUUAUCGGUUCAGUUACUCAAGAAUGCAGCUGUUGGCGUAUACAUUAUACACUCAAGGAUGAACGAGAUAAUCCAGUAUUAAAAAUCGUCGGACCUGGUUGUAUGUGCGAUGGACCGUAUGCAUGUUGCUGUGAGAAUAAAUUUACGGUCUAUGGAACAGACGGUGCGACUGAGGUAGGGGCAAUUUAUAAAAAAUACGCUGGAUUUAUUGCCGAAUCGAUGACUAGUUCUGAUACAUUUACACUUCAAAUGCCCGUGGAUCUUAGUGUUCGAAUGAAGGCAGUCGCUCUCGGUGCUCUGUUUUUGAUCGAUUUUUCUCAUUUCGUCGAAAAUCGCAGAAGAUGA